AUGGCACCCACAAAGAAGAACGCAAAGGCGACCAGGAAGUUUGAAAAGAAGCACCUCAAAGGUGUCAUCGAUAAGCGCAAGGAGGACUCAAAAGUCAAGAAGCGAAUCCAGGCAAAGAGCAAGAAGCAGACAAAGCACUCCAAGGACGAUGAAUUCUUCAAGGGCCCCAAGGAUGCCUCCAAGGAUUCCAGCGACAAGAAGAAGCCAGGCGCCACCGUCAGCAGCAUGAGCGUCGACGACUUCUUCAGCGGCGGCUUCGAGAUUCUCGACAAGGGCAAGGAUACCAAGAAGGCUGGCAAGCUGGGAAAGAGGAAGCGAGGCGAGGACAAUGUUGGCAUCGGCAAAGAGGACAUGGACGCGUUGGCCAAGGACGACCCGGAAUUCUACAAAUACCUGCAGGAGAACGACCCCGAGGCACUGGAGUUUGACGAAAACGUGGACAUGGCCGAGAUCGACGAGCUGAGUUCCGGAGAAGAGGAAGACCGACCGAAGAAGAAGCAGAAGAAGGGCAAGAAGGCGGCCGACGAGGAGUCAGACGACGAGUUCUCGCAGCACAACGAGCUUACAAAGACGAUGAUUGCAAAAUGGAAAGCAUUAAUAGAAGAGAAGAACUCCCUCCGGGCGGCGAGGCAAGUAGUCUUGGCUUUCCGAAGUGCUGCGCAUCUCAACGAGGACGACGACGAAAACAAGCAAAAGUACUCCAUCACAAGUCCAGAGGUCUUCCAUGACAUCCUCAUGGUUGCUCUGAAGCAGAUCCCAGACGUGUUGCAACAUCACGUUCCUGUCAAGGAGACGGCAGGUGGCAAGGUGUAUGUCCCAACCGACUCGAAGAAGUUCAAGACGCUCUCGAUACUCGUCAAGAGCUACACGGCAUCCGUCCUUCACCUGCUCGGAACCCUCUCGGAUGAAGCCACCCUCAAACUCACACUCUCCGCCUUGACACCAUUACUACCCUACCUCCUGUCUUUCCGCAAAGUCUUGAAAAAUCUCAUCAAGACUGUGGUGCACUUCUGGUCGCAGACUUCCAGCAGGGAAGCCACUAGAAUCACGGCAUUCUUGGUUAUGAGAAGGCUGGUGGUCAUCGGCGACAAGGGUAUCCGCGAGGCAGUCCUCAAGGUCGCAUACCAGGGCCUGAUCCAGGGCAGCCGGGCGACGAACCCCAAUACCAUACAAGGCAUCAACCUGAUGAAGAACUCUGCGGCUGAGCUCUGGGGCAUUGACCAGAGUAUUGGGUACACAACUGCGUUCACAUUCAUCCGUCAACUCGCCAUCCAUCUGCGCAACAGCAUCACUCACAACCAGAACGAGUCAUACAAGGCUGUCUACAACUGGCAAUAUGUGCACUCGCUAGACUUUUGGUCCUGUGUGCUGGCUGAGCACUGCAGUAUGCUGAAGGAGGCCGAGCAUGGCAAAGAGAGCCAGUUGAAACUGCUCAUCUACCCGCUCGUCCAAGUUACGCUCGGCGCCAUGCGCUUGAUCCCCACGGCAACCUACUUCCCCCUGCGAUUCCAGCUCAUCCGCUCCCUCCUGCGACUCUGUCGUGCCACGGGCACAUACAUCCCGCUGGCUUCAGCCCUGAUCGAGGUCUUGAACUCUGCGGAGAUGAAGAAGCCUCCAAAAGCCACGACCCUCAAGGCGCUGGACUUCAGCGUCCAGUACAAAGCGCCCAAGUCAUACCUGCGCACUCGCGUCUACCAGGACGGUGUCGGCGAGCAGGUUGUCGAGCUUUUCUGCGAGUACUUCGCGAUCUGGUCCACCAACAUUGCCUUCCCUGAGUUUGCUCUGCCCGUCGUGGUCAUGCUCAAGAGAUGGAGCAAGGAGGCCAGGGGCAACAAGAAGGGCAACAGUGGCAACAAGAACUCCAAAUUGGUGUCGCAGAUCUCCCUCUUGGUGCAGAAGCUGGAGGCGAAUGCCAAAUUCAUCGAGGAGAAACGGUCCAAGAUCGACUUUGCACCCAAGAAUAGGACGCAGGUGGACAAGUUCCUAAGCGGGUUUGACUGGGAGAAGACGCCGGUGGGCGCGUUUGCGGUGGGCCAGAGGAAGCAGAGAGAAGAGAAGCGGAAAAUGCUCGAGGAGGCACGCAAGGAGGACGACAGGAAGAGGAAAGAGGAGGAGCAGAAGAAGAUUGAGGGCAGUGAUGACGAUGAGGAGGCCGAGAGUGAUGGAAGCGAAGGUAGUGAGGGCAGCGAGGGAUCCGAAGAAGAGGAGCUUGAGGAUGAGAUAUCAGAGGGUGAAGAGGAGACCGAGGAGGAGACCGAAGAUGGGGCUGAGUGA